AUGCCCCCAUAUUUUCUACUGCUUCUACCGCUACUAUUUUUGAUUGAAACCCAUGCAAAGCGGUUACCGCAAAUCUAUUGGAACUCGACGAAUCCAUUAGUCGAGCGCUAUGCUGCUAUUGGAGACACUCUGGACAUCGUUUGCCCGUUCUUUGAUGAGAAUUCUGAUGAGCGAACUGAGCAAUCAAUAAUCUACCGGGUCACAGAGGAGGAAUAUGAAAAUUGUGAGCAUAGAUCGAAUGCGAAAGAGCUCGGAAGAUGUACGCAGCCAUAUCAGGAGGAGAAGCUCAAGGUUGCCUUCAGGCUAAUGAGCCCAAACCCAUCAGGGCUGGAUUAUAGGCCAGGAGUGACCUAUUAUUUUAUUUCCACUUCCACUGGAUCUCGCAAGGGGCUCUACAACGAGCAAGGCGGUCUUUGCGCAUCUCACAACUUGAAAAUGGUCAUCCACAUCACUGAUCGAAAUGGAGACAUUGGAAUUCAACACCACCGUCAUCAUCAUCAUAAAAAGACCACCACAACAACGACCACAACAACUACAGUACCCCCAAAAACUGUUCCAGCCACGCAGGAGGAUAUGGAUAGUUCUGCUGAGAAACUCUGGGAGCAAUUCUAUGAAAAAGUGAUGCCUAUUGAUAACAAGUGGCCAGAAGUGACACGUGGCGAGAGGGUGACACUGUAUCAGGGUGAUAAGAAGGAUGAGUAUGAGCCAGCGGUGCCGGCGGAUGGUUAA